CGGGGGCGUAUCCUCUCCCGGCUCCUCCCUCCCUCCUCCUCCCUCUCCUGCUCCGCCAUGUUGGGCCGGAGCCGUUUCUGAGAGAGAGAGAGAGGAAGACGUCUGAAAGAGCAAAGGAAGGAAGGAAGGAAGGAAGGAAGGAAGGAGAGAAGAAAGGAAGAGCUUCGGCGGGCAUGGCUCCGGAGAGUCUUUCUACGACUGCCAGCACUUGAAAAGAAGGCCUGCCCGUGGCUGCCCACCAUGGAGGAAGAGAGGGUGGCAGCACAGCAGCAGCAGCAGCAACAGGCCAAUCAGACCUUUCCCAGGAAGCAGCUCAUCCGCGAAGAUGACAAUCUCCAGGUGCCAUUCCUGGAGCUGCAUGGAGAGAGCACGGAGUUUGUUGGCCGUGCAGAGGAGGCUGUCAUUGCGCUCUCCAACUACCGCCUACACAUCAAGUUCAAGGAGUCCCUGGUCAAUAUUCCAUUGCAGCUGAUUGAGAGCGUUGAGUGCCGGGACAUCUUCCAGCUUCACUUGGUCUGCAAAGAUUGCAAGAUCAUCAGGUGCCACUUCUGCAGCCUGGAGCAGAGCCAGGAGUGGCAGCGGCGCCUGGUGAUGGCGACAGGCCCACCCUCGCGACUGGAGGGUCUCUUCUCAUUCGCCUUCCAUGCCUGGUGCACACACGUCUAUGCUAGCGAGAAGGAGACCCACGGGGAACUCUGUCGGCCUGGGGAGCACGUGACCUCGCGGUUCAAGAACGAAGCUGAGCGCAUGGGCUUUGACUUGAACCAUGCCUGGAGGAUCUCCAACAUCAAUGAGAAAUACAGGCUGUGCAGCAGCUACCCUCAGGAGCUGAUCGUUCCGGCCUGGAUCUCGGACAAGGAGCUGGAGAGCGUGGCUGGCUUCCGCUCCUGGAAGCGUAUCCCUGCUGUGGUUUACAGGCACCAGAGCAACGGGGCAGUUAUUGCGCGCUGCGGUCAGCCGGAGGUCAGCUGGUGGGGCUGGAGGAACGCUGAUGACGAGCACCUGGUCCAGUCGGUGGCCAAGGCCUGCGCCUCUGACGCCCGGGCCAAGAUGGCUGACCCGGGAGGAGGAAGAGGAGGGGGCUUCUCCGACGGAGAAUUUGGCUCCUCCAUUCCCCACGCUCCUGGUGCAGAGGGCCUGGCUGCCCAACCCCAGAAGCUCCUCAUCCUGGACGCCCGCUCCUACGCUGCUGCUGUCGCCAACCGGGCCAAAGGAGGGGGCUGCGAAUGCCCAGAGUAUUACCCCAACUGCGAGGUGGUCUUCAUGGGGAUGGCCAACAUACACUCCAUCCGGAAGAGCUUCCAGUCCCUGCGCCUGCUUUGCAGCCAAGUGCCCGACCCAGGAAACUGGCUCUCAGCACUGGAAAGUACCAAGUGGCUGCAGCACCUGUCUGUCCUGCUGAAGUCGGCAUUGCUGGUGGUCCAUGCAGUGGAGAGGGACCGACGGCCAGUGCUGGUGCACUGCUCCGACGGAUGGGACCGCACCCCCCAGAUCGUGGCCCUGGCCAAGCUGCUCCUUGAUCCCUAUUAUAGGACCAUCGAGGGCUUCCAGGUACUGGUGGAGACAGAGUGGCUGGACUUUGGGCACAAGUUUGCCGACCGCUGUGGCCACGGGGAGCAGGCGGACGACCCCAACGAGCGCUGCCCAGUCUUCUUGCAGUGGCUGGACUGUGCCCACCAGCUCCAGAGGCAGUUCCCUUGCUCCUUCGAGUUCAGUGAAGCAUUCCUGGUGAAGCUGGUCCAGCACACCUACUCUUGCCUCUUUGGCACAUUCCUGUGCAACAACGCCAAGGAGCGCGAUGAGAAGCACACCCAGGAGAGGACCUGCUCCGUGUGGUCCCUGCUCCGGCCCGGAAACAAGGCCUUUCAGAAUCUGCUCUACUGCUCCCAGUCUGAAUCCGUGCUGUUCCCGGUGUGCCACGUGCGGAACCUCAUGCUCUGGAGCGCCGUGUACCUGCCUGGCUCCUCCCCCUCAACCCCUGCAGACGACCCCUGUGCCCCCUACCCACUCCCAGCCCCUGGACCCGAAGAGGCACCGCUGGGCAGGCUGCCAAAAACCCGCUCCUUCGACAACCUGACCAUGGCCUGUGACAGCGGCAGCCUCCCGCCCACCACUCCCCGCCGUAGCAGUGACCCCAGCCUCAACGAGAAGUGGCAGGAGCACCGCCGCACCCUAGAGCCAAGCAACCAUUUUGGGGGGGAGGGCGACCCCUAUGAGGGGGAGGCAGCGGGGCAGGGCCUAGUAGCGGAGGCGGAGCUCUCCUUGGCAGUGGCUGAGGGCCAGAUGGAGAACAUCUUGCAGGAGGCCACCGAAGAGGAGGAGGAAGAGGACAAUGACGACUCAGAAGAGGUGGCGGGGGGCAAAGGUGGGGAGGCAGACUUGCAAGGCACACUGGGAAGCCCUGCUGAGAAGGUACCGGAUGCCUUGGACGAGGAAUUGGGCAUCCACUCUGCCGGAACAAGCAACACGGAGGGGUCGACCGACACCUUAACUGAAAUGGGGGCCAGGGUCAAGGCCCCAAGCGCAUCCUUCUCGUGGCUGCGCCCAGAGGAUGGCAAUGGGGAGGAGGCAUUGGAACUGCACCGCUUGGCCGCCACCCUCAACCGGACCCCUCCUUCCGCGCCUUCCCCAUGCGCCUUGCCCUUGUGCGACUACAAGGAAGCUGUAUGCAAUGGCGAGGAGGCAGGCGAAGAGGGGGGGUGGAGGAGGAGGAGGGCCAAGGGUGCAUUGAGCCGGCAGAUGUCCGGCUCCGGACCAAGGUCCCUCUCCCACAAAGCAUCACCGUCACCAAACAGCCCCGAGCAGCCUGCCCCCCGGAGCCACUUGGACGACGACGGGAUGCCCGCCUACGCCGACGCCAUCCAGCAGCGCCUACGGCAGAUCGAGAGCGGGCACCAGCAGGAAGUGGAGACCCUCAAGAAGCAGCUGCAGGAGCUGCGCAGCCGCCUAGAGGGACAGCUCCUCAACGGCUCCCUCCACUGCAACGGCAUGGAGUACGGCGACGAGGUGGUGACCCGGUGGCUGCCCGACCACCUGGCCGCCCAUUGCUACGGCUGUGACAGCGCCUUCUGGCUCGUCAGCAGGAAACACCACUGCAGGAACUGUGGGAAUGUCUUCUGCUCCAGCUGCUGCAACCAGAAGGUCCCAGUGCCCACCCAGCAGCUCUUUGAGCCCAGCCGUGUCUGCAAGGCCUGCUACUCCGGCCUCGGCCCUGACAACAAGCCUGUUGCCACCCACUCAAACUGAAUGAAGGGGGCAUGAGGCGUCAUGGCCACUGCAGAAAGACCUGGAAGACUGUCAUUUUGAAAUGGAUUUUGCUGGAACCUGGAGGUCGCUGAUUGUUGUCGUUGCUGCUGCUGCUGCUGCUGCUAGGGACCUACAUAGAAGACAAAAUGGAAGCUGCCUUCUUCUCAAAGGAACCGAACCCUCCUCCUCCUCCUCUCUCAAAAUGGCCGACGCGAGGGCUCGGGGGGGACCUCUGAAGCGGAAAAAUGGCGUUUAGUUUAUUUAUUCUCAGUUUUUCUUAUUAUUAUUAUUCAUUAUCCAGAUAAGAGAAAAGUCCCAUUUUUUUAAAAAAAAUCUUAAUAUCCUUCAAUAAUUUUUUUAAAUCCCCAUUUUAAAUAUCAGGAUCCAUUUUUUAUAUAAAUAUAUAUUUAAAUAUAUAUACACACACAUACAUUUAAAUAUAUAUUUAAGACAUAAUGAAGAAUUUGGAAUAUGAUACAAAAUUGAGAUGAGGAAAGAAUUUUGUAUAUUUUGAGGAGAAUUUUGUAUAUUUCGAGGAGGAUGUGCCAAGAAUAUAUCUAUAUUCCGAUUACGGGUCUUUUAAUUAUUAUUAUUAUUUUCUGGAGGGUAAAUGUGUGAAUAGAGCAAACUAUGGCUUGCGACUCUCUCUUUUUCCAACAGAUGAAGCACUUUUUACAAAUAUAUUUCGUUUUUCUUCUUUAUAUGUAAAGCAGGAAAGAAUAGCUGUGUGUAUAUGUAUGUAUGUAUAUAAUAUCAAAAAAACAACCUGUCCCAAAAGGCGGAGUUUGCUUCUUUAUAUUUGUCAUUUUUUUCCUCUUUGUCAAACAAGCAUUACGUUACUUUAGAAUGUUUCGAUAUAUAUAUAUGAAUUUUUAAAAAGUGAAAUAAAGUUUAGACUGUG